UGGACCACAGCAUGUUUGAGAACUUGAACACAGCCCUCACUCCAAAGCUCCAGACAAGCCGUUCCUUCCCACACUUGUCCAGGCCUGCAGCCCCCAGCCCCAUGGGUCCUGGCUCUGCCACUCCCAGCUCUGCAGAGCCUGGUGCUCCGGGACUCUGGGUGGGCAGCAGCCAGCACCUCAAGAACCUGGGUAAAGCCAUGGGGGCCAAAGUCAAUGACUUCCUGCGGAGAAAGGAGCCCUCCGGCCUCAGUAGCGUGGGCGUGACAGAGAUCAACAAGACGGCGGAGGCCCAGCUGGCUGGUGGAGCCGACGCAGCAUCCGGGACCUGGAUGGAGGAUGAUAGGUCGGUCCUGCAGGAAGCCUUCCCUCGGCUGGAACCUCCACCUCCCAUAACCAGAAAGCGAACUCCCCGGGCCCUGAAGACCACCCAAGACAUGCUGAUUUCCUCACAGCCCGUCCUCAGCAGUCUGGAAUAUGGGACAGAGCUGCUACCUGGGCAGCCCCAAGACUCCCUUCCCAUUGAGCAGCCUGCCUCAGCAGACACAUCCCAACCAGAGGUGGCCAGUGUGGAGAUGGGAGAGGGAAGCAAGACUCUGCCCAAUGGAGAGGCAUCCCUGUCGGUCCCCGACCUCAUCCACAAGGACAGCCAGGAGGAACCCAAGCUAAAGAUGACCGAGCAUAGAAGGGCCUCCUCGCCCAGCCUCAUGGACAGGAACGGCCUUGGACUCAGCCUGAGCCCCAUCAGCCUGGCUGAGUCCUGGGAGAGUGGCAGUCCUCCACCUCAGGCACGGACCUCCAGCCUGGACAAUGAGGGCCCUCACCCCGACUUGCUGUCCUUUGAGUAGAGCCUC